UGUCCCAUCUCGUGUCCCGUAUGCUCCUCGGCUUCCAACGAAAAGGAAGCGAGACCGAACCAAGCGUAGGGGAGCAGCUUCGUCUCCUCCGUCUCGCCCACGGCAUUCGUCCGCAUUACAUUGAGAUCGCCACCAUCGCCUCGCUUCGUCUUUCUUCCGAUCUUCCCUUCUCCGGCUGCGGAUCCACGGAGCUACCGUUGGAUCUUUCCUGGCCAGAUCAGAUUUAUAAUGAGGCAACUGCGGAUGGAUCCGCCAGAUAUACUUCUAGUUUUCCAUCGCAGUUGUGCUGUGGGUCUAAGAAACUUACUGCUGGUAUUUGUCACGGUUGUCAAGGGACUUAGAAUUGGCAUUGUCACAAUACGAGAUCAUGUGUCGUGUAUUCUCCAUUGUGAGGCAUUGAACGCUUCGUGCACAACUCCUUGGACAACUCUAAUUUCAUCUAAGAAGCAUUUGUGGAGCAAUGCUUACCAUUAUUUGGAGACGUAGAGACGAAUAAAGUAGCAAGUGCGCACAAGUAGAAAGUAUGGCACCUACAAGCAAGGCUGAUAGGAAGGCAGCAUUAGAUGCAGCUGCAUGGAUGUUCAAUAUUGUUACAUCUGUUGGGAUUAUCAUGGUUAACAAGGCCUUAAUGGCAACUCAUCACUUCACAUUUGCCACGACGUUAACAGGUCUACAUUUUGCCACGACCACAGUUCUGACUGUUGUAUUUAGGUGGCUUGGAUACAUUCAACCCUCUCAUUUACCAUUAUCCAUCCUUAUAAAAUUUGUCCUUUUUGCAAACUUAUCAAUAGUUGGUAUGAAUAUAAGUUUGAUGUGGAAUUCUGUUGGAUUUUAUCAGAUUGCAAAGCUGUGUAUGAUCCCAGUAUCCUGUCUUCUGGAAGUUGUAUUUGAUAAAAUUCAUUAUUCAAGGGCAACAAAGCUCAGCAUACUGGUGGUUCUUUUAGGUGUUGGCAUUUGUACAAUUACUGAUGUGAGCGUGAAUACUAGAGGACUCAUAUCAGCUACUAUAGCAGUUUGGGGCACUUCCUUGCAGCAAUACUACGUGCAUUUUCUUCAAAAGAAGUAUUCACUUGGAUCAUUCAACCUCCUCGGGCACACGGCUCCAGCCCAAGCAGCAUCUCUGUUGAUUGUAGGGCCCUUUGUUGAUUAUCGGUUGACAAACAAAAGGGUGGACACAUUUGAUUACAAUGUAACCACCGUGUUCUUCAUCGUACUCUCAUGCACCAUAGCUGUGGGAACCAAUCUUAGCCAGUUUAUCUGCAUAGGAAGAUUCACCGCCGUCUCUUUUCAAGUUAUAGGACACAUGAAGACAAUCCUCGUCCUAAUCUUGGGUUUCUUCUUGUUUGGAAGAGAAGGUCUCAACUUACACGUAAUCUUCGGAAUGAUCUUAGCAGUCUUGGGCAUGAUCUGGUACGGAAAUGCAUCAUCUAAGCCCGGAGGAAAAGAGCGACGCCCUUCUUAUCCGUUGCCCGUCGACAAAUCAUCAAAGCACGGACUGCUAGCAGAACCUGGAGAUCACAAUGAUAAAGUUUAAACUUCAGUUCAAUGAACAAACAAUGGUACAUUGUUUACUCUCACACCAAAAAACUCAUCAAUUACCUGCUUUAUAGCAUUAUUUGCCACUUAUGAUCCCAUUGAAUUUGGGAUCCCUAGUGAUUCUUUUCCUUAUCUCUUGACAAAAUUCAAGACCCAUGAUCAUACUGGAUGAGCAACUAAAGUCAUUUUUUUUUAUUUUUCAUUUAAAGGUUUGUAUUAAUUAAUUGACUGGUUUUGUUUUUUAUGUUGCAUUUUUACACUCGUAUCCGAUGUAGCUACCAACAGAUUAUGUGUGUUAGUGUUUUUAUCUCUUUCA